AUGGCAUUCACGGUUGCCUUCGUUUACUAUCUCUCGAGAAAAAAGCGGCACGGGCAACAGAAUAAGCGCAACCGAUUAUCCGCAUGGAUCAAACAACGAGCGGAUCACAUCCUGCGACUCAAGGGUGGCGGCGGCGAAGGGGCCCCCGUAGAGCCGGAAGGAUCAUGGAAGACAGUUGGAAAAUGGUUUCGAGCGUAUUUGUGCUGCUCGAGACGUGAGGGCGAGGAUCAUGGCACGACGAGCGUCAACAAGAGCGACGUUCGAGAUGACGUACGACACACCAUCCACGGCCCAGGCAACGACCACCAGAAUUCGACCAUCUCUGAUUGCCUGCACGGCGAUCCGACAAUCCCGUCUACACAGGGCGUGGGUCAUGACACGACGGGCGUCAACAAGAACGACGUUCGAGAUGACGUACGGCACACCAUCCACGGCCCAGGCAACGACCACCAGAUCUCGACCAUCUCUGAUUGCCUGCACGGCGACCCGACAAUCCCGUCUACACAGGGCGUGGGUCAUGACACGACGGGCGUCAACAAGAACGACGUUCGAGAUGACGUACGGCACACCAUCCACGGCCCAGGCAACGACCACCAGAUCUCGACCAUCUCUGAUUGCCUGCACGGCGACCCGACAAUCCCGUCUACACAGGGCGUGGGUCAUGACACGACGGGCGUCAACAAGAACGACGUUCGAGAUGACGUACGAGACACCAUCCACGGCCCAGGCAACGACCACCAGAUCUCGACCAUCUCUGAUUGCCUGCACGGCGACCCGACAAUCCCGUCUUCACACGCCGCGGAUCAUGGUACGACGGGCGUCGACGAGAAGUACGUUGGAGACGAACGGCGCACGAUCUAUCAAGGCCACGACCACGAGCUCUCGUCCUCUUCCGGUUUCCUCAACGGCGCCCCAAAUCAUCCGUCUUCACACGCCGCGGAUCAUGGUACGACCAGCGUCGACGAGAAGGACGUUGGAGAUGACGAUGACGACGAGCCGUAUCAUUCGGAAAUGGAGAUGACCGACAUGAGCUGGGCCUCCACUGCAAAUUCUGAAAUUUUCGGCAGUCAAUCGUCAAUGGAUGGUGGCGUCCCCCGCGUGGUCAAAAAGAGCGUAUGGGUACGGGACGCAAUCCGACAAGGACGCAAGAAGGCAAACGCUGUGACUGAGACUGGCGAAUUGCUGGAUGAGCGGAUUCUUAAGGAACAAAAAUUGCUGCAAAUCCAUGGCGCGAAACUGUCCAAGAUUGGGACAACGAUGAACAAGGAGCUGAGCAACUUUAAUGCGGACAAAGAAUGGAUAGGCGACGAGGACGUCGAACUCGUGAAGCUGGAAAAAGACAGGGACCAUCAGGAGAAAAAAUACGUCGAAGCUCUCGACGGUGGAUCGCCGCUCACGAUCUCGCCGUUCAAAGAUGAGGCGUUUCAAUUCUCUACAACCACCGCCUCCACUCCAGGCGCCAAAACUCCUCACUAUCGACUGUGCAAGCCCGACCAGCCUUGCGCUCAAUGUGACGACGAUUUUCGUAACGUCGUCCGGGUGUCCGUCCAGAUGGCCGAAGAAGCCCGCCCACAAGCUCCAAAUGAUGCCCCACUCCAUGUUGCACAGGGAGCCGUCCCCGAACAUCCUGCUCUUCCUCCUGCUCGUGAAACAGUCUCCAUGAAUGCGCAAGCUGGGGCUGCGAAGGCGGCCGCUGAUGCAGCGGAGCUGCGUUUGAUGGCCAAGGCGGCUGAUGUUACUACAAGCGGAGGUAACAAGGACAACGAA